AUGAGUGUCCCUCACGGUGGUGUGUUACAAGAUCUUAUUGAAAGAGAUCAGCCAAAGAAACAGGCAUUGCUCCAAGAGUACAAUGGUGCCGAGGCGUCCAAAGUUUGGAAUCUUACUGAAAGACAACUUUGUGACAUCGAGUUGAUCUUGAACGGUGGGUUCUCCCCAUUGACAGGUUUCUUAAACGAAACAGACUACAAAUCAGUGGUUGUUAAGUCGCGUCUAGCCAAUGGCCUGCUAUGGACCAUUCCUAUCACGCUGGACGUCCGCCCAGCCUUCGCUGAGGGUCUCGCAAAUGGUGACAGAAUCUUCCUAGUCCAAGAUAAUGUCUUUUUAAUUGCAGUGUUGACAGUCGAGUCCAUUUAUAGACCAGAUAAGAAACUGGAAGCUGACAAAGUCUUUAGAGGAGAUCCAGAACAUCCAGCGGUCGUCUACUUAAAUAAUAUUGCAGGCGACUAUUAUAUAGGUGGUUCCUUAGAGGCCGUCUCACUGCCGGUUCAUUACGACUACCUGGAAUUGAGGAAGACGCCGAGACAGCUUAGAUCGGAAUUCAAUUCUUGUUCCUGGGAUAGGGUAGUUGCUUUCCAAACUAGAAAUCCGAUGCACAGAGCUCAUAGAGAAUUGACUGUAAGAGCAGCAAGAAGUGUCAACGCAAAAAUAUUGAUUCAUCCUGUCGUCGGUCUAACGAAACCGGGUGAUAUUGAUCAUCAUACUCGUGUCAGAGUCUACAAAGAAAUUAUUAAAAAAUAUCCAAGCGGUGUGGCAACUCUUUCUCUACUUCCAUUAGCAAUGAGAAUGGGUGGUGACAGGGAAGCUGUUUGGCAUGCGAUCAUUAGAAAAAAUUAUGGCGCUACUCAUUUCAUUGUCGGUAGAGAUCAUGCAGGACCAGGCUCGAAUUCAAAGGGUAAAGAUUUCUACGGUCCUUACGACGCUCAAGAACUGGUUGAAUCUUAUAAAAAUGAACUCGAUAUCGAAGUUGUUCCUUUCAGAAUGGUCACGUAUUUACCAGAUGAAAACAGAUAUGCUCCUAUUGAUGAAAUCGAUACUACCACUACAAGAACUUUGAAUAUAUCAGGAACAGAACUAAGAAAACGUUUAAAAAAUGGUGACGCUAUCCCAGAAUGGUUUUCUUAUCCAGAAGUCGUUAAAAUAUUAAGGGAAUCAAAUCCACCGAGACCAAAACAAGGUUUUGCAAUUGUGCUGGCAAAAAAUUUGAACGUAGACAGAGAACAGUUGGCUAUUGCUUUAUUGUCAACAUUCUUACAGUUUUCAGGUGGUAGAUUUUAUAAAAUAAUUAGUCAUGAGAAUAAAGCUGAAUUGUUGGAUUUAAUUGGUUCUUUCGUGCAAUCAGGCUCAGGUCUAAUCAUACCAGAUGAAUGGUCGAAGGAAAACAGCAAGUACGUCAAACCAAUGAAUCUCUUUAGAGUAGGCCCCAACUCGAUUCAGGAUUCAGUUUUAGUAAACAAUGACACAGAUAAGUUACAUCAUGUUGUUCAAAAAAUCGUCUUGUUUUUAGAAGAUAAUGGAUUUAUUUUAUUUUAA